AAGGGGCUUUUGAACUGACAGGGUGUGAUGGUGGUGGUGGUGGUGAUGGUGAUUGUGAUGCUGGUGGUGGUAGUUUGUGAAACCAUAGUGAAGAAAGGAACGAAGAAAGAAAGGGCAGAAAUUGAAGGAAGGAAGGGAAUUUAAAAAAGGAAGGAUAAAAAGUGAAGGAAGAUAGGAAGAAAGCAUUGAAAAUAAAAGGAAGAAAAGUGAAGAAUAGAAUGAAGGAAUGUUGAAUGGUGAAGGAAAGAAGGAUAAAGAACAAAGUUUAGCAUAAUGGAGCAGGAGUCCCACACAGACUACUAUGGGAGUCUGGAGUGCCUUCCCUUGGCCCCCUUGAGGAAGAAGCCGCCCCCGUAUGCCAGCAGGAGGCAGCAGGAAGCCAGGAGGGGCAGCUACCUGAAGGGUAUCCUGUCAAGCAGCACGGGGGACCUCACACAGGCUGGAAACAAGACAAGGGUGGUAAACAAAAGCCCAGGGAAGGAUGCGAGGGGGAGGACUAAGGACAGGGGUGAUUCCGGCCUUCCCCCGGUGUGUGGAGAGGAGCGUGGUGCCUCAGGGGAUGUAUCAAGUGCCUCUGGUGAUGCCACACAUGUCCUUUCACAGCACAGAUGUCAGGGAAGUGUGCUGUAUGGCUCAGAGGGAAGAAAAUGCAGUGACGACACAGAUUACCAUAUCUCAAAGCCAGUGAGAGAAGAAUACACAAGGAAAUACAGCAAUGGAGGCACAGAACAACACCUUAAGAGCACAGAAAACAGCAGAGACUGGCAUGCAAUAGAGAACAAAGCCACAGAGAAACACAGACACUUGGACCACAAAAUGCAAAGGGAGAGAGAGAGAGCAGAAGAACAAAACAUAGAAAAGAAAGGUAGAGAGAGACAAAGAGACACAGGCUUGAGAACUGAAAGGGGAAGAAGCAGAUUAGACAGAGAAGGCACAGGGAACAAAGCUACAGAGAGACACAGGAAUCAAAGAGGGAAAGAGGCAACAGAGAACAGAGAUAGAGAGAAGUAUAGAGACUUAAAUUCUAGAGAGAGAGAGACACCAGAACAAGACAACAAAACCACAGACACACACACAAACACAAACCCCAAAUUUACGAGGGAGAGAGCGAAAUCCGAAGGGAACCUCUCCGACUCAGAAUCGCUGGAGAGAGAGGGGACGCAAAUGAACACCAACAGUCUAAAGAACUACCGUCAACUGGCAGCCAUUCCUGACCACACCUUUGUUAAGUGGUCCCGUAGUAAGAGCCUCGACGACGUGACACUUAAUGAUGGUGUAGAUGGUGAUGAGGGGAGGUGCCACGUGUCAUCAAGUGGUAAGGUGGAGUAUAGGAAGGUGGAUGUUUGUGAAUAUAGUGACGAUGGGAUGAAGGUUAGGCCAGCAUUGUCUGUAGGGAAGGAAGGGGGUGUAGAUAGGAGAGGCCAUGCUUGGUCUGUAGGUAAAAUGGAUGUAGAUGCCAGGAAUGGUGGAAAUGGAAGGAGUUAUGCAUCAUUAUCUAGUGUGGGUAAGGGAAUGGGUGUAGAUGGGAAAAACUACCCAUCAUCAUCUAUUGUAGCCAAGAAAGUGGAUGUAAAUGGAAGAAAUUGUGCAUUGUCAGUGGAUAAGGUGGAUGUAGAUGGGAGGAGUGGCCCAUCUUUAGUGGAGAAGGUGGAUUAUAGAAAGGUGAGCGUCUAUGCUGAGGAGAAGCCACACUCAACCACAUCCUCGCCCACCUCCUUGUCUUCCCCGUUGUCAUCUGUGACAUAUUCCCCCAAAGAUAAUGAGGAGGGGGCCAAGGUGGCUGCCAUCACUGACGAAGAGGCAGGGGUGUUCGUGGCCACCCCAAUCUUCCUGGAGGGUGGUUCUUCCUCUUCUUCUGCCUCCCCAUCCCCCUCCCCCUCACCACCCCCGUUGUUACUGCAGGGAAGUGACGUCUCGAGAAAUAAAUUGGACUCCACAGACACAAAGGGCAGGGAGGAGGAGGAGGAGGGUAAGGCUGCUCUGUCCACCCUGCGGCGUGAGAUCCUUCAUCUGACACGCCUGAAGGAAGAGAUAGAGCAAAACCUUCUCAGGAGCCAGUCAGUGUUGAAAAAGGAGGUAACAGGGCUGCGGCAGGAGCAUGGGGCAUUGGCAGCAACAGUGGAGGAGCGGGAGAGGCAACUACACUCCCAGCAGGCCGAGAUACAAGACCUGAAGGGCACCAUUAAACAGUUGCAGGCCCUUGUGUUCACCAGUGACACAGAGACACGGCUGCAGCGGCAGGCCAGUGACCUGCAAGAGCUGCUACGGGAGGAGAAGCGGCACCACCUGGAGGAGACCACACAGCUGCGGCGGGAGGUGAAGCUGCUCUCCUCACAGUUGCGAGAGAAGGACCACCAGCUGGAGAAGUACCGGUCCUCCCCCUCCCUGGCCUCCUGGAGUGGGGAUGGGGUGAUGGGGCGGCCGACAAAGGAGUGGAAGACCUCGCUGCCUGAUGUGAGGGGAGGGAAGGAGGUGCUGGCACUUGGGGCGCCCGUGGCGGAGAGACGGAAGUCCUUCUCUGGUGUGAGUGAUUCCUCAGGGGAUGGCCCUGCCUCCUGGGCAGGGUCCCUCGAACACAGCACAGCUCGGAGCUCAGAUGAUGUGUUUGAGGCAUCCUACAUUGCUCCUGUGAGGUCUUACACAUCAGCAGAGUCAUGUAGGAUAUCUGAGAGGCCCCAAGUGGCUCCUGGGAGGUCUAACAUAUCAGUGAAGUCCUCUAGGAUCUCUGAACAACCCCCCACAGAUGCAUCAAUGUCAAAACACACACCUGUAGGAUCGGACAUGAUAGUAAGAUCUUCCAGGAAGUCUGAGAGGUCCCCUACAGGUCCCUCAAGGUCACAUCUGCUGUCUUUGAGAGACACCAUGCCAGGAGACACUCAGUCAGGGGAUGAGCAAGGCAGGGGGCUGGUGAAGACAACAUUGUAUGUAGAACUUCAUGAUUACAGCAAGUCUGGGGCUGUGAAGGAAGUGCCAAGAGGGAGCCACAGGUCAGGAAGUGAUGACAGCCCCUCCUCUGAGACCCCAGGCCAUAUCAAAACAAGAGGACACACAGAAGAGGGACAGAGAGGGAAGUAUUUGUCAAGAGGGGGCUUAGAAGAGGACCAAAGGGAGAAAUAUAGAUCAGAUGAUAACAGACCUUUCUCUAAGAUCCCAGCCUCUGUCAAGACAAGAGGAGGCUCAGAAAUGAGACCAUCUGACCGUACGAGAGCAGAUGUCCACAACAAAUUCCCAACCAAAACUCAGCCUGUAGUCACCAAGCCAUCCCAACCAUCCACUGUAUCACUACGCCCCUCCAGACCCUCCGCUUCUCCACCCUCACCACCUCAGGUCACCAGGGAGGCAGGGGGCAAUCUCACCAGCCCUGCCAGACAGGAGCCUCCCAUAUCCAGGGUCUCAGGGGCUCAGGACUCCAGACCUAAGCAGAAGGCUCUAGAGGACACUUCGGAGGGCCUGGGUAGCUCCUGGCAAGACCCUAGAGGCAGCAGAGGUGUGGUGAGUGUGAGGACCUCCUGGAUGUACAAGCCUGUCACUGGAGAAGCAACAGGAAGGGGAGGAGGAGGAGGAGGAGGAAGAGGAGGAGCAUCAGGAGGAAAGAGAGAUGUGGAUGUGUUUAGAGGAGAAAAGAAAGGUGUGGAUGCUUGUAGAGAAGAGAGAGCUGGUGCACAGUCAGGAGUGAGUGUUGGUGAGGCAGGGAGAGGCACACCAGGCACCUCUUACAUCAGUGCCACCCUCCAGUGCCUCUUCACAGUGCCACUGCUCCGUGAAUUCUUCAGGGGUGAGUUUUGGCAGCUCAGGGUGCAGAGUGAGGUGGUGCAGGCUGUGGCUGACACAUUCCUGGCCAUGGAGAGUGGCACUGGUGAGGGGAGGGCUGUAGGGCGCCUGCAUGAGGCUGUGGGACGGCGGGACAAGGUGUUCAGGCUGCAUCAGGAUCCCCCUGCUGCUGACCUGCUGUCCUCCCUCUUGGCAUGGCUGCAUCAUGACCUGGAGCUUCAGGCACACCCACAAAUGUCCUCGGUGGUGUCCCGGCUCUUCCACGGCCUGAGGGAAUCCCUCAUUGUGUGCCCCCGCCAGGGCAUCCUGUCCUCAGCGCUGGAGUCCUUCAACUUUGUCACCCUAUCCGUGCCAGGGGAGGGCGCCUGGAGCCUGCAGGAACUGCUGGGGCAGAGGUUCAGGCCACAGGACAUGGCCUGGGAGUGCCAGCCAUGUCGGGGACGGCACCCGUGCUCCCACAAGAUCCACAUGCUGCGGCCACCCCAGGUGCUGGUGCUGUUCUUGCGGUCCCCUCCUGAUGUGGCAACCAGGGUGCUCUUCCCUGAUGCUGGCCUCUCCCUCGCCCUGCACCACCAGGACACCGCCGCUGCAAGGUCUCCAGAGUACCAGCUGGUGGGCGUGGUGAACCGGCAGGGUGGUGAGGGCAGUAGUCUGUACUCAGCUUACUGCAGGAGGCUGGAGGAUGGCCACUGGGGGCUGUGGAGGGAGGGGCAGGUGGCGGCCGUAUCCAGAAAGGAGGUCUUGUCCAAGAAAGGUGCCCAUCUGCUGUUCUACCUCCAGUGCCAGCAGGAUAAGGGCCAGAGCGCCACACAUAGGGCCACACGAGGACAGGUGAUGGGGACUAGGAGGGCUGUUGGCUUGAGUACCUGUGUGUAGAUGUGCAUUGCUUCUUGUUGACUCCUUCAGUACUGUUUGAGAUGUUUCCUUUAGCACAAACCACUCUGAGCCACUUUUUACAUGUUCCACACUUACCCCUUAGCAUUACACAGAAUAACUUACUCUUUUCUUUCUCAUAGGAGCAUAUAACCUACUCUUUUUCUUUCUCGUAGAUGCUCCAAAAGAUUUACGACGGCGCCGCAUCACAGUGAAAGAGCUAAGUGUACAUUGAUUAGUGGUAGGAUCUUAUUAAUCUCUAAUUGGCCAAACCAUAUGAAUGCUUUUUAUGGCCUAGAACAAUUUAAUUAGUAAUGGGGAUUAAUGUGAUUACCUUUAUUACCAACAGCAUUUUACCAGGCUUCAUCUAUCUGCCAUACUAAUUGGUCUAAGGUCCUGGAGUGUCUGUAGAGGGAGGGGAGGAGGAAUAGGAGAGGUUAUGGGUGUAAGAGGAAGGAGAGCACAGAUGGGAAGUUAUAGAAGAAGGGGGGGAAGAGAAA